ACUGGGCAGGCUGGUCACCCAGCCGACCAUGUCUGUAUCUGAGGGAGCUGGCGCCAAGUCAGUCGCGCUUCACUCCUUGCUCUGGGAAAACCGCCCACCCGGCACAGCCCCCGCGAGAAGCCUCCUGCCUGCCUGCCUGCCUGCCUCCCACCCGGCUCCGGGGUGGGGGUACUGGAUGUUGGGAGUGGCCAAGUCCUGGGAGGAGGCCCCCCCGCUCCAGAAGGCCGGAGGAUGGUGGGAAGGGAGCUCCCUUCGCGGAGACUUGCCUGACCCCGCAGUAGUCUUGCGAUGGUCGCCCGACUCCAGCUUUGAGGCUCAAGCCAAUGGAAGGACCCCGAACCUCCUCCUCUGCCAGAAGGGUGCCUGCACACAUCCCUAAAAGGACCUUUCCUCCCCUUGCCAAUAACCUGACCUUCCGGCCGGCCCCGGGGCACUAAUCCCCAUCCCCCCAAGCAGGCCUCCUAUUUCCAACCUAGUGCUUUUCCAUCCCCUGGAAUAUCUUCCUCCAGCUCUGCCAGGGAAAAGCUGCCUUUGCCUGUUGGGUUAUGCCCUUCGUUCGUGAAGAUUUCUUCAAACCCCACAGAGCAGAGAGCCCAUGUCUCCCUGUUUCAUGGGUAUUCUAACUGAUGCGUGACCGACCACACCCUGGCUAGUUUCCUCAAAGCUUGGUGCGUUUAGGUCACUCUGGGUCAGGCACUGCGCUAAGUACUUUAUACGUAUUCUCUUAUUUAUUUCUCAGGACAAACUUCUAAGAAAAAGAGACUCUUACAUCCCCAUUUUACAGAUGGGAAAACCGGUAUCAGGAGGUGACGCAACUCACCCAGCGUCAAACAUCUACCAUUUCAUUAAGGAAUUCUAACACUUUAAUGAACAAAAUGCUCUUAGAAACGUAUCUCCAAGAAAAUGAGAAAAAAACAAAAGUUCUGUCCAGAAGAAAUUUUCUUUAAAAAAUCUAAGCAUUCCUCAGCCCUGAGAACAGUGUAAAACUCUGAGAAUGGCCAGUUUGCCCAAGAACAACACUUGGCCCACAAAAUGGGCAUGACCUUGGAUCUCUGGUAAAACCCAAAGCUUCAGAGACUCUAACAGGCCAACAGUUCUGUGGCUGGACUGCAAGGCUAAGACUGAUGUGAAACAUCUCCAAGAUCUGCACAAAAGACCCACACCUUCUAAGAGGCAUAAGAACCAAUCCUAGGACAUGAACCUUUUUGCUGUUGAAACUCAAGAUCAUAAGAAACUAUCAUGGCACUCCUAAAGAGCAAGGUCAUCUACGGGGAGGACAGCCCCUUUGCAGUCAGAGAGCGUUCUAAUCUUGAGAGAACUGCCCAGAACCUCAGGACAGAAGAACAUCAUUUUGAAGGAUAGAGCAAAAAGAUGUUUUUUAGACCUAAGAGAACUGUCUUUUAUCCUCCUAUAUUUAUGUAGCUACUCUGAAGGUAUAGACACCAACCUUCCAGUGAUGAGCUAAAAGUCAACAGGGGCUCCCAUCCCAAGUUCCGGAGAACAGGUUCAAAAAGCCACCCCCCAAAAAAUCUACCACCACCAGGGAGCUCAUUGGGCCGUCCUGAGUUUCUUGCAUUCUAACCAUCUGUGAGAUGAGGAGCAGCCCAUGGAAUGAAUGGUGGGCAUUUCUAGGCUUUCAGGUCAAUAUUCUUUCUCAGAAGACAUGAAGUUGUUGAUAGGGCAGACUUCCAGAAGCUUCCAUCUGAAAUUUAAUCAGGUCCAUGCCAACGUCAGACUUUAGGAGAAGCUGUGGAAGCCCUUACCGUAUGGUAAAGAGGUAUGAUCUCUUUCCUUCUGUAGGAACUUACCCAUCAGGGAAGGAGGGAGGUCUGAGUCCAAAUUUUCUGAGCCUCAGCAGGACACAAAGUAGGAGGGAAGAAAAAAGCCACACUCGCAGCUAUGUGGAAACAGAUCUUCUUGUGCCAAGUGCCUUUUCAGAGUUAGGUGAUCUGAACACCCUCAGGGAGCUCCUCCACCCGAAGACUCAGUCCUCAGAAGGACUGCAAGGUCAUGGUCAGAUGAACCUGGGAGUGUCAGUCUACCGCCUCAGCACUGCAUCUAUAGCACGGGUGCUGAUGUAGAAAGGAAAACUUCCACAGCGAAAAACAGUGUCCACAAAGCCCCAAGUGGUGAACCAGGAGAGAGUGAGACUGAUGUACAAGGAGUGGUGCCUCCCAGGCCAGAAGGUGCAGAGGUCAUUUCUAGUACUCCAUCAUCUUACAGGUUCCCUGGUGGGCAUCAGAGAAGGCAGACUGGAACUCAACAAGCUGGUCUUCAAGGCAGUAGGGUUCUUCGUGGUGAAACUCAUCUCCAGGGCACAGUUCAGGUUCCCUCAAUUGCUGAAGCGCCUUGCGAAACAGCCUGGAGGAACCCUCAUUGGUCCCAUGGGCUGUGUUCUUCCUCCCUGGCCCACCCAGAUGAUUACUGCUGCCCCUCAGCUCCCAAGAGGCAGCUCUGAUUCUCUAUCCCCAUAUAUCCCUCGUCAAUGGCUGACUGCAAAGUGAGAGGCCAAGUUUAGAUCCAAGUGCCUGCCUGAACACUCGGAGAGCCUGGUGCUACAGGGCUGGGUGUCUCCUUGUCCUCGACCAACAGCAGCACCGACACCAGGCUGGAGUCACACUUGCGCACAGAAGGCCCCGAUUUCUCCGCCAGGUCUGGCCUCAGAGAUACUGUCCUGAUUCUGCUAGGUCUCUAAUCUCUGGUCUUGAGGCCCCAGUCCCUUCUGGAUUCAAGGCAAUGUUGCCUCAAAACAAGGACGAGGUGCUGCCACAGAACACAGCACCCCCUGGGCGCCCCCCUCAGGGCUCCUCACAACUUGUGGACUUGUCUUCUGGCAACCUGCAGCCUCUGCCUCCCCAGCCGUCGCUCCCUCCCUCUCACCCACCUUGCUCCCCUCCCCCACGGUCCCACUCUCCUGGCUCCCAUUUCUACAACUCUGACUCAGGUUCUGACUUGGUCCUACAUCCCUACUCUUCCUCCCUCCCAAGUUCCCCCACUUUCUUUCAUCAGAAUUACCUCUCUCUCUCCCUCACACGCUCUUCCUCUCCCACCCGCCAGCUAUACCCCUCCCUUCCUCCUACUUCUUCCUCCUCUCCCACUCAGCUACAGAACGACUCUCUCCCCCACUCUCACCGUCUGUCUCCUUCCAACCCAGGGUACCACCCCAGCUCCACUGUCACUUCCCCGGCCCCCAGCCUUCCUUCUCCUGGGGUCCACGGGAAGAGGCAGACAUGGCCCUGGCACCAGUACAGGGACACCGGGUCCCCUGGGGUGGUGGGGGGAUGCGUGGCAAGCCAGAGGGACCCUGCAGAGUUCAUGGACCCGGGAGCCCUGGCCCAGGCCCUAGUGGUCCAUCUGGGGCACCGCCGCAUUGCACACGACCUGCGGCUACUGCUUUUGCAGCACCUGUGGCUAGGCACAACUGGCCAGGCCCCAGUUGUAGAAUAUCCUAUAUGCCUGGUGUGUCUCAAGCCCCGCAGCCCCACGUGCCCCAUCCCCAGGUACAAGACCGGACCCCGGCUGCUUGCCUUCCCCCAACUACUGCCCUGUGCGCAGGGCCAGGAAUCGGGACCACUCCGCCUAGGCAUUGGCUUCGGCCUCCGCCUGCCUCGGGGCCAGGCCAGGGCCUUGCACCUGUUGCCAGAAAGAAGGCCAGAGAAAGUAGGUCCACAGGGCAAGGCCGCUCAGGCCCGUGGGUAUCAAACCCGGGCGUCCCAGGCCCCAGCAGCUCAUGUACCGGUGGCUCAGGCGCGGGCAGAUCCAGCCCGGGGCCCACCCUCCCCCACCAGGAUCCUCAGAUCUACACACUCUAUGCGCUUUUCAGGGCCUUUACCGCAGGCACCAAAACAGGCCACUGUCUCCCUGAAGCCCAGGCCGUCCUCUGCCCGAAAGAGUCCUGCCUCUUCAGAGCCCAUUCUCCGAAAGUCGCCACUCUAGUUCCAGAGACAAGGAGGCUCCCUGGAGUACCUCCUCUGAACCCCACUGUCCCCACCAGGCUCCAGAACUCAGGGAGCCCCCGAGACUCCCUGAAGGGCUGGCUGGCCGGAGGUCAGGUGUGUUCUCCAGCCUUGAACGCUGGGAGCCCCUUAUGGAGUCUGCUCUCUCCUGGCUGAAGAGGACGAAGGGCACCUGAGACCCCAUUCAGCCUUCAGUGUAUCCAAUAAAGCCUGACCCUGCAGAA